AUGGGCUUCGUCUACCCUCAGUUAUUCGUCACCCCUAAGUACCCAACCCAAGAGUUCCCCGGUCGCACUGUGAUUGUGACGGGAGCCAAUGUCGGCCUCGGGCUCGAAGCCGCACGACACUUCUGUCGUCUCGGAGCUGCAAAGGUAAUCCUCGCUGUUCGAAAUACUGCCGCGGGCGAAAUCGCCGAAGAGUCGAUCGAGAAGUCAACCGAUCGACGCGGAAUGUGCGAAGUGUGGGAGCUCGAUCUGGCCUCGUACACAUCCGUCCAGGCAUUCGCAGCACAGGCGUCGCGACAGCUUUCCCGGACAGACAUUCUCGUGGCCAAUGCGGGCAUUGCAACGACACAGUACACUGUCGCCGAGGGACAUGAGCGCAGCCUCACGGUGAACGUCAUCAGCACGGUCCUGCUGGCCAUGCUACUUCUCCCGAAAAUGAGAGAAACCGCGCUGCGGUUCCCGUCUGAAAUACCCCAUCUGUCCGUUGUGACCAGCGAGGUCCAUGCGUGGACGAAUUUGCCCGAAUGGAAAGCGGACGACGUCUUCGCAGCCCUCGACAACGAGACCACUGCGGACCAUGCAAUCGCGCUAUGCGGCCUCGAAGCUUCUGCAGAUUCUGAUUGCACAGGAACUCGCGUCGAAGAUGGCUGGUUCUGGGGUCGUUCUGAACAUGCUCCAGCCUGGGAUGUGUCAUUCGCGGCUGACUCGUGA